AUGCAGCGAGAUGCGGCGUGCCUCUCACCUCUUUCCUCUGCCUCAUCGUCACCACCAACAUCCUCCUCCUUGGCCAUAGCCAAGGCAACAGAGGCAACCACCAACACUGAUAAUUUUUUAGUAUGUGAUCGACCUGUGAUGGCUUCUGCAUCAAAUCCAAUCAAGCCGGCUGAAACAAAUGGUCUGCUCUGGCGUCCAUCAAAAUCUCCCUCCAGAAGACGCAGUUGGGCUGAUGACGAUGCACGAUCAUCAGAAGAUUGGCUUUUAAACCACAAAAAUGCCGAACAUGGUGCCAUGGGUACAAUUGACCGUGAUAACGGUUGUCAAAACGUGAAAUACAAUAUUAAGGACGAACAGCUACUGCGAGUUCAUGGCAGAUCAGGAACAUCGCUGCCUCGUCUUUGCACAACGACCUUUGCUUGCUCUAUGCAGAGGACACCGCACUCAGUGCCUCGCUCUCAACCUAGGUUACACUCUACAGAACCACCUCGUUGCCCAGGUGGUGACAUCCGAAAAACAACAGAGCGAUUGGCUGGCCUAGUCCAUUGGAGAGCGGACCAGUUGAGUCGAAGUCAGAUGCAAGGAAUCUGUCAAUGGCAGCGUCUAGUUGAUGUAGAGCGCGCGCUAAAGAGGAUCGUUGUACGCAGCAUUCCCAUUUAUUUAAUCAUAAAACUAACUCUUCUAUUUUAUAUAUAUGAAUGCCGAGGCUUUAGUUUCAGUCUUCUCUCGCGGCAUUGA